AUGUUGGACGAGCAAAGUCUGAGCAAUCACCCAGAUGUCGAAAGGUCCCAAAAUCCCGAAAUCACAAAAGAACAAGCAGAGACACCUUCCGUAAAGAGGGGAAGAUUCCACAUUGAGAAUGCCAAAACCGAAGUGUUCUCGAGUAUAAAAAAAGGAAGAUUUAGCAUCUACCAUUCAGAGGCCAGUUUAGAAAAUAAAUUAAUAUUUGAAAUUAUAGAGAGGCAGAGUGAACAGAUAGACAUUAUGUUCGACAUGAUCAAUAGCAUGUCUGGGAACGAGAAGUUGUUUCACAAAGAGUUUAUGGCCAGCUCUGCCGCUGUUUGCGAGAAGAUCGAAAGAUUGAGAAGUCUUUUUGGAAAUUUUGGAAGUGGGUAA